AUGGGCUGCCUCUCUGUGUCUCUGCCGCCUCCCUCCCCCUUUGCUCCUGCCGGUGGAAUACCCCCCUCCUACCUUCCCCGAACUAGCGCCGUGUCGUGCCGCCGUCCCUGCCGCCGUCCAUGCCGUCCGUGCCGCCGUGCUGCCCUGCCGCCGUGCUACCGUGCCGCUAUGCCGCCGUGCCGCCGUGCCGCCGUGCCGCUAUGCCGCCUUGCCGCCAUGCCGCCGUUCGUGCAGCCGUGCCGCCGUGCUGCCGUGCCGCCAUGCCGCCGUGCCGUCGUGCUGCCAUGCCGCCGUGCCGCCGUCCAUGCCGUUCGUGGCGCCGUGCCGCCGUGCAGCCGUGCUGCCAUGUCGCCGUGCCGCUGCCGCCAUGCCGUCGUGCCGCCGUGCCGCCGUGCCGCCAUGCAGCCGUCCAUGCCGUUCGUGGCGCCGUGCCGUCAUGCCGUUGUGCUGCCAUGCCGCCGUGCCGCCGUGUCGCCAUGCCGCCGUGCCACCAUGCCGUCGUGCCGCCGUGCCGCCGUACUGCAAUGCUGCCGUGCCGCCGUCCAUGCCGUUCGUGCCGCCGUGCCGCCGUGCCGCCGUGGCGCUAUGCCGCCGUGCUGCCGUGCCGCCGUGCUGCCGUGCUGCUAUGACGUCUUGCCACCAUGCCGCCGUGCCAACAUGCCGCCGUGCCGCCGUGCUACAGUGCCGCCAUGCCGCCGUGCUGCCGUGCUGCCGUGCCGCCAUGCCGCCGUGCCGCCGUGCUGCCGUGCUGCCGUGCCGCCAUGCCGCCGUGCUGCCGUGCUGCCAUGCCGCCGUGCCGCCGUGCUGCCGUGCUGCCGUGCCGCCAUGCCGCCGUGCUGCCGUGCUGCCAUGCCGCCGUGCCGCCGUGCUGCCGUGCCGCCGUUCUGCCGUGCCGCCAUGCCGAUGUUCGUGCCACCGUGCCACCAUGCCGCUGAACCGCCGUGCCGUCGUGCCGCCGUGCUGCUAUGA